AUGUAUUUCAAAAUCGCGACCGUACCAAGCAAGGGCAACCACGAAAAUGAGGAUUUUCAAGGCAUAGACUUCAGGCCUACAAAGAUCAAUAACUAUGACCGCAUCAAACUCGAUGGAACACGAAAAUUAAAAGUUUCAAAGCAAUAUUAUCUCAACGCUUCCUCAAGAAGAGGGUUUGUACUUUACAAAACUCUACAACUAUCAAGGCUUCUGGUCUUAUCAAGAUGUCCUACAUGCAUAAUAUCAGCUCAAGAAAAUUUCACAGCUCAACCUACUGAUAUUAUCAUUUCCAGCUUUCCAAAAUCUGGCACGACUUGGCUUAAAGCUUUAUGUUUUGCCAUUCUGAGAAGAAACCAUCUCAGAGAUGCCUCCACAAAUCGUUUACUCACCGAGCUACCACAUGACAUCGUACCCUUCAUUGAUUAUUCAACUGACAAUGGCGGUAUCAGAGUUCCUAACGACCUUCCACUUUGGGCUACACACAUUCCCUACUCUUCAUUGCCCAAGUCUAUUCUAGAAUCCAACUGUAAAAUUAUUUUUAUCGGCAGGAAUCCCAAGGAUGUCUUUGUUUCGCUUUGGCACUUUAUUUCUCGCGUCUCAGGUGCAGGCACUAGAAUCUUGCCAUUAGAGGAGGUAUUUCAGGGAUUUUGUAAAGGAGUCACUAUGUAUGGACCUUACUGGGAUCAUGUUUUAGGGUACUGGAAAGCAAGCCUGCAAUUUCCUGAUAGAAUACUAUUUAUUAAAUACGAAGAUCUACAGCUUGACACCUUAUCCUCUGUAAAGAGACUCGCAGAGUUCAUGGGUUGCCCUUUCACUAUGGAGGAAGAGAGACAAGGACUGGUGCAAGAAGUUGUGGACUUGUGUAGCUUUCAGCUUCUGAGCAAUUUGGAGGUGAACAAGAGCAAAGAAUACUUCUCUACAUGGCCGGCUAAAUUUGAACAUAAUGCGUUUUUUAGAAAAGGUAAGAUCGGUGAUUGGGAGAACUAUUUAACACCUGAAAUGGUUGCCCAGUUGGAUGAAAUAACAGAGAAGAAGUUCGGUGGUUCUGGAUUAAGCUUUGUCACCUCCAUAACAUCCCCCACUCCAUAAUAGAAUGCUCAAUUUGAUAUCAGAUACUAUUCUGUGUUUUAGAUUGUGUGGUUUUAUGUAUGUUCUUCGUUCGAAAUUAGUACUUGAUUCUCAGUCACUACCGACUGAUAUGAUUGAUAGUGUGUACUUAUUCUAGUUUGCAAUAUAAAAUUUAAGCUUUGAUCAUUA